AUGGCAAAUAUUGUCGAUUCAUGUUGUGUAAAUAUACAAAUGACAAAAUCAGACAGAAAUAAUAAUAAUACAACAGCAACUAAUAUUAAUGAUGAAGUUUUACCAUCAUCUGAACAGUGUGAUGUUUUAUUGAAUGGAGCUGAUGAUAAAUCGGAGAAUACUGCUGAUAGUGAUGAUCAUCAACUCUUAUCGAACGAUACUAAUAGUAAAACAAAUACAAAUGUUGCUUCGUCACCUACUGAUGAACUCGAAGAACCAACAAACAUCGAAACAUCUUCUAAUGUAACAAAUUCAUAUAAAGAUUUUUCUGGUAUUGAUACUAAAUUGUUUAUUACAACAACAUUACGUAAUAAUCGAAAAGAUCGAACAUUACUUUUAACUCUUGAAAAAGUUUUUCAAGACUUUAUUCAAAAUGAAGAACAAACAUCAUAUCAAUUUCAAGCAAUGAAUUCUUAUGAACGAAUGAUUGUUCAUCGUGUAGCUGCUUUUUUUGGUCUUGAUCAUAAUGUUGAUAAAAAUGGACAAUCUAUUGUUGUUACUAAAACAGCUAAUACACGAGUUCCUAAUUUUUCAUUUCAAAGUUUCAUUCCGACUGAUGAGUUAGCUAAUGGUGCUAUAACAAGUUUAAAUCCUUCAGUUGAAAAUACAACACGUCGUAUCUCACGUCGAAAUGAUAAAAAUCCUAAUCAAUCAAUAUCUACUACAACAAAACCAUCAUUCGAACGUACAAAUUACUAUUCUGAAACACGCAAUAAAUUAUCGAAUCAACCAUUUAAUAAACCAAAUCGAAAACAACAACAUUUUAGUACUAAUCAACAUAUACAACAAACAAAUUUUCAUCCAUCUAGUCAUAUAAUCAAUACUAGAGCUCAACUGAUUUAUUCUCCAACACCUAGCUUAUAUUAUCCACAACAACGACCCAUAAAUCCUGAAUUAAAACCACAAAUACCUACUUCUUCUUUGUAUAAUUUUGUACCAAUGAUGUCUCCAACAUCAUUUCAACCUGGAAAUGGUAUACAAUUACCUAUUUUACUUCAGCAACAACCUGGUGGACAAUUACAAUAUGUAUUUCCUACACAACAACCACAUCAAUUAUCAGCUGAUGGUCAAUAUAUGCCGGUCUAUCGAUCCGAUAUGAUGCAACCAGUUCUUGAUAAUAAUUCUUCACAACAACCUUUUGUUCAUCUAUAUCCAACUCAUCCUUAUCCUCAUGCACAACCGACAACAUAUAUUCAAUCAGCUCCGUCUUUUAUGAUUCCACCUAAUCAUCAAACACCAAUUCAAUAUGCAACAAAUCAAUUAGCAACAUUAAAUAUACAAUCUCAUUAUGGUAAUACACGUUUUCCACAAUCGAAUAAUUCAAUGAAAUCUUUCGUACAAACAUCAACAAAUGGUUUAACUCGAAUGCCUAAUUAUUAUCCAUAUCGUCAAACCCGUCCAUUAAAUACAAAUAAUAAUACUGAUAAACAAUUAACACCAAUCGAGAAUGAUAUUAAAUCUACAAUUAAUAAUAAUAAUUCUGAUCAGAUUUCUCACUCUGAAUUAGUACAAGAAAAAGAUUGA